AAUUAAUAAAAAAAAAAAAGAAAAGAAAAUGGAAGUUGCGCAAAUUCUGUGUAUGAACAAGGGAGGUGGAGAGACGAGCUACACGCAAAACUCGUCCCUUCAGCAAAAGAUCAUAUCGGACUCCAUGCCGAUCACCGAGAAAGCGGUGGAGGCCCUUAUAAGCACGGACGCUACAAGCGCUUCGCCGCCGCAAAGCAUUGCCAUUGCGGAUUUGGGCUGCUCCUCCGGGCGCAACGCAUUGCUUCUAAUCUUCGACACCAUCAACCUUGUUUACGCCAAAUGCAAACGCCUUGGCUACCCGCUGCCUGAAGUUUCCGUGUUCUUGAACGACCUUUUCAACAACGACUUCAAUAGCAUAUUCGGGUCGUUGCCGGAUUUCCACCGGCGGCUCAAGGACACAAACGGUGAUGAAGUUGGGCGGUGUUUUAUCUCCGGCAUGCCGGGUUCUUUCUAUGGAAGGUUGUUUCCAAAACAUAGCUUGAAUUUUGUGCAUUCGUCUUCUAGUCUCCAUUGGCUGUCGAAGGUUCCAGAAGGUUUGGAAGGAGAGGACAAAAUAAGGAUGAAUAAAGGGAAGCUUUAUGUUUCUCGGACAAGCCCGCCGAGUGUUUUGUUGGCUUACGCUGCUCAGUUCAGGAAUGACUUCUCGCGUUUCAUAAGCUCGCGUUCUGAAGAGAUGGUGUCUGGUGGGCGUAUGGUUUUGUCUUUCAUGGGAAGGAAAUCGAUGGACCCCACAGCUGCUGGUACCGCCCAUCAAUGGGAGCUCUUGGCCGAGGCUUUAACCACCCUUGUUUCUCAGGGUUUGGUUGACGCGGAAAAGAUCGAGUCAUUUAAUGCACCUUUCUAUGCACCGUGCAUGGAGGAAGUGAGGAUGGAGAUAGAGAAGGAAGGGUCGUUCGAUAUAGAUCGAUUCGAAGAGUUCGACGUGGAAUGGGAUGACUCAACAGAGGGGACUAUUAGUGGGCUCAAGAGUCCGUCGAGAGGACAAAGAGUAGCAAAGACGAUAAGAGCUGUGGUUGAAACGAUGUUGGAGUCUCAUUUUGAAUUUGGAGGAGAAAUUAUGGAUGAACUGUUCGAGCGUUAUGGAGCUAUUGUUGAAGAUUAUUUGUCAUGGAAUACAAUUAAGAGUACCAAUUUAGUCGUUUCUUUUGUUAAGAAAUGAUCGGAAUAAAUAGGUUUCAAUAAUUUGGAAGUUUUUAUUUUGUUA